CCAGCUCUUCAUCCUCUCCAACCUCUCGCCAACUGACUCAAUCUGCAGCAACAUGCCUCAGAACCAGGACUACACCUACAAGAGCUGCGGCACGAACAGCCAGGGCAACCACUACUGCGCUCGGGACUACGGCUCAGGCGCCGCCAACUCCAACUCGUACCACUAUUCCAACAGAGAUGGAUCGUACUACUACUCCAACUCCAAUGGCAGCUCCUACUACAAUGAUGGAAAGGGAAGCGCGAGCUACACUCCUCCUGGAGGAAAGAAAUGAGUGAUUGCUGAGGAGAAGGGUUCAAUGACUGGCUUGUUGUUAUGAGACCACAUGGACUGCGUAGCUCUUAGUCUACGAACGUGCGGAUGCGCACGAUUAACAAUUAUGAGGAAAGGUUGAGAUCUGAGGUAGUGAUUCUAGGCUUUGGGAAUAUUAUACCGCUCUGGGUGAAGAAGGGGUCCUCUUACUGCUUGCGUGGUGGAUUUUCAUGCUCUGUCUGAGCGAUGUUGCUAACAGCCACGUUAAUGCUUCUUCGCUGUGUCCAUUUAG